AACGUCAGAGCGUAGUUGGACACGGAACAACCUCUAUCCCUCUCAUAAUUGAAAACCCAACAAACCCCAUCUUCAAUUUUUCUCUGUAAUAGCUCCCCAACGGGAUUGAUUGGCUCGUUUGUCGUAUAGAGAUAGAGAAGAAGAAAAAGAAGAAGAAGAAGAAGAAGUGGUAGUAGUAGCAGACAGACAAUGGGCAGCAACGCAAAGGGUCGGGUAGUCCUGGAAGUGGGAGCUGAUGGGGUGGCUCUCAUCACUAUCAUCAAUCCUCCUGUCAAUUCCCUCUCUUUUGAUGUAUUAACGGGCCUCAAAACAAGUUAUGAGCGGGCCUUACGAAGAGAUGAUGUGAAGGCAAUUGUUGUCACAGGUGCAAAUGGCAGAUUUUCAGGUGGCUUUGAUAUUAAUGCUUUUGGUGGAAUGCAAGGUGGACAACCAGGGGAAUAUUCAAGGCCUGGUUAUGUAUCAAUUGAAAUUGUCACUGACACUUUAGAAGCCGCAAAAAAGCCUUCAGUAGCUGCCAUUGAUGGCCUUGCCUUGGGUGGAGGAUUAGAGAUUGCAAUGGGAUGCCAUGCACGAAUAUCAACUCCUUCUGCCCAGUUAGGACUGCCUGAGCUUCAGCUUGGAGUAAUUCCUGGAUUUGGAGGAACACAGCGGUUGCCACGCCUUGUUGGUCUUACGAAGUCACUUGAAAUGAUGCUGACAUCAAAAGCAGUUAAAGGAGAUGAAGCUUUUAAAUUGGGCCUUGUGGAUGCCAUUGUUUCACCUGGUGAGUUGGUCAGCACUGCACGUAGGUGGGCCCUGGAUAUUGUGGAGUAUAAAAAACCAAGGGUUGCUAGUCUGUACAAGACUGACAAGUUGGAACCCCUUGGGGAAGCAAGGGAAAUACUUAAGUUUGCCAGAGCACAGGCCCGGAAGCGGGCUCCCAAUCUUAAACAUCCAUUGCUUUGCAUUGAUGCCAUUGAAGAGGGUAUAGUUUCGGGUCCCAGGGCUGGACUUUUGAAGGAAGCUGUAGUUUUUCAAGAAGCUCUUCAUUCUGACACCUGCAAGAGCUUGGUCCACGUCUUCUUUUCCCAGCGUGGAACAUCAAAGGUUCCUGGGGUUACUGAUCUUGGUUUGGUGCCAAGAAGAGUGAAAAAGGUUGCUAUCAUUGGUGGAGGAUUAAUGGGCUCUGGAAUAGCAACAGCUUUGAUUCUUAGUAAUUAUCCGGUGAUCCUGAAAGAAGUAAAUGAAAAGUUCUUGCAGGCUGGGAUUGGUAGAGUCAGAGCUAAUCUGCAAAGCCGUGUGAAGAAAGGGAACAUGACGCAAGAAAAAUUCGAAAAAACCAUCUCUCUUCUCAAGGGUGUCCUUGAUUAUGAAAGCUUUAAAGAUGUGGACUUGGUCAUUGAGGCUGUUGUUGAGAAUGUCUCUUUAAAGCAACAAAUUUUUGCUGAUCUUGAAAAAUAUUGUCCACGACACUGCAUUCUUGCAAGUAACACUUCAACAAUUGACUUGAGCCUGAUCGGAGAUAAGACCAAGUCCCAAGAUCGGAUCAUUGGGGCCCAUUUCUUUAGUCCGGCUCAUGUCAUGCCACUUCUGGAAAUUGUUCGCACUAAGCAGACAUCUCCCCAAGUUAUUGUUGACUUGCUAGACGUAGGGAAAAGGAUAAAGAAAACCCCAAUAGUGGUUGGGAAUUGCACAGGCUUUGCUGUGAACAGGAUGUUCUUCCCAUAUACACAAUCUGCUCUUUUGCUUGUUGAACGUGGUGCCAAUCUCUACCAGAUUGAUAAAGUAAUCACCCAAUUUGGAAUGCCAAUGGGCCCGUUCAGAUUGGCUGAUCUGGUUGGUUUUGGUGUAGCUAUUGCAACUGGAACACAAUUCGUCCUAAACUUUCCUGAGCGAACAUAUAAAUCAAUGCUUAUCCCACUUAUGCAAGAGGAUGGGAGAGCAGGUGAAACAACUAAAAAAGGAUUCUAUCUUUACGAUGACAAACGAAGAGCCAAACCUGAUCCUGAAUUACCAAAAUAUAUUGAGAAGGCAAGGGGCAUCAGCGGUGCUGCCAUUGACCCUAAGCUAGCGAAGUUAUCUGAAAAGGAUAUCGUGGAGAUGGUAUUCUUCCCAGUGGUGAAUGAAGCCUGCCGUGUACUGGCUGAAGGCAUUGCAGUGAAAUCUGCAGACCUGGACAUUGCUGCUGUCAUGGGCAUGGGAUUUCCACCAUACAGGGGUGGUCUAAUAUUCUGGGCUGAUUCUCUUGGAUCCAAAUACAUCUAUUCGAGAUUGGAUGCAUGGUCAAAGAUGUAUGGUGAAUUCUACAAACCUUGUGCCUACUUGGCUGAACGAGCUGCCAAAGGAGCUCCUCUAAGUGCUCCUGUGAACCAAGCAAAAUCUCGUUUAUAAGAUGAUCAAUCUGGCUAUCAUCGUUUUUUCUGAUUUUCCUUUGAUAAUGCUAGAAAGGGUGGUUUAAUAUGGCUUACCAGAAGUUGAAUAAUUUAUGAGAUGGAAUAUAAUGGCAAAGAUAAAAGUAACAUAGUAGGCCUAACUUUAUAUGGGAAAGAAAAAUUUGGGCCUUUUUUAUUAUAAUAAUAUUUUUAUAUUAAUAAUAAUAUAUUUUCAUUGUGUA